UCGGUGCUAACACGCAAUGUAUUGUGAUGAUGAAAAUGAGAGUGUCUUGUUAAAAUGAAAUCGCAUCGGAAUCAAAAAUAAACGAUGUUAAGCUUAUUUAUAAUGACGUCAAUCAAAGAAGAUGAAAAGAAAGAAAUUCCCGAAAUAAUACACGAUCCCCAAACUAAUUGUACAUAUCAAAGGCUGAGAUUCUUUGGAAAGGGUGGUUUUGCAAAAUGCUACGAAAUACAAGAUAUAGCAUCAAACCAAGUGUAUGCCGGAAAAAUUGUUUCCAAAAAACUUAUGGUAAAAUCAAGUCAAAAAGAAAAAAUGGCACAGGAGAUCUCUAUCCACCGGUCCUUGUUACACAAACAUGUCGUUGGCUUCCACAGUUUCUUCGAGGAUUCACUUAAUAUUUAUAUUAUUUUGGAGCUGUGCAAAAGAAGGUCAAUGAUGGAGUUACACAAACGUAGAAAAGCAAUAUCCGAACCAGAGACAAGGUUCUACAUGCACCAAAUCCUGCUUGGUGUGCAAUACUUGCACAGCAAAAGGAUUAUCCAUAGAGAUCUCAAACUGGGUAACCUGUUUCUUGAUGAUGAUCUCCAUGUAAAAAUUGGAGAUUUCGGUCUUGCGGCCAGGAUCGAAUAUGAAGGAGAGAGAAAGCAGACUUUAUGUGGAACACCUAACUACAUAGCACCAGAAAUUUUGACUAAGAAAGGACACUCGUUUGAAGUGGACAUCUGGAGCUUAGGUUGCAUCAUGUACACACUGCUUGUUGGCAAGCCUCCAUUUGAGACUUCCACCCUUCGGGAUACAUACAAAAGAAUAAAGCAGUGUGAAUAUAGUGAGGGGGUAAGCCUAGCUCUACGAGCUUGUUUCGCGGGCCCGUGGCACUCAAUACGUAGUCGAUACGCGCAGGCUGUUAUCACCGAUAACACUCUCAAUCAACAUUACAGAAUCCCAUCAUCACUACGUAAGCCAGCAGCAUCAAUGAUAGUCCUACAGCUGCAGUCUAACCCAUGCAUGCGGCCGUCUGUGGACAAGCUGCUCCAACACGAAUUCUUCUCAUCUGGCAUUAUGCCAGCUGCAUUGCCCCUAUCUUGCCUCACGACUGCGCCUAGGACUGAUCAACUGGAAGGCAUUGCAUUACACCGUCGACCACUUAACGAGGUUAAUGCUAAUGAUAACAUUAUGGCAGUGGACUCGCCGGUUAAGCGCGCGCCACCUGCAGAGCCGCGUGCUGUUGAACCCACCUCGCAUCGGCAGAAUCUCAUCGCUCUUCGCGAUCAACUGGCUGCAUUGCUUACUAACAAGUUAAAAUGCCGCCGCGAGUGCCUGAACGACGACAUGAGCGAUCCAGCCGCGCAACCCUUGGUAUGGGUCGGAAAAUGGGUCGACUACAGCGACAAGUAUGGUUUCGGCUACCAGCUUUGUGACGAGAGUGUUGGUGUUAUGUUUAACGACACUACUAAACUCAUUAUGCUCGCUAAUGGCGUGAAUGUACAUUACAUCAACCGGCAAGGCCAAGAGCAGUAUAUGACUAUGCGGGAAUACCCACAAGAACUGGACAAAAAGAUGAAACUUCUUACAUACUUUAGAAGAUAUAUGACAGAACAUCUUAUGAAAGCUGGUGCUUCAGUACCAGUGAGAGAGAGUGAUGGACUGUCGCGAUUGCCACACUUGCACCAGUGGUUCAGAACCACACUAGCAGUCAUCAUGUACCUUACUAAUGGAACCUUACAGAUUAACUUCCAAGAUCACACCAAAAUUAUCCUCUGUCCUCUAAUGCAAGCUGUUACAUACAUAGAUGUUGAGAAAAACUUUAGAACAUUCCGCUUCAGUACAAUUGAAGAACAUGGCUGUGAUAAGAAAUUGUACACAAACCUGACAUAUGCACUAGAAAAACUUAACAGCGUACUAGCUAACAAACUAUGCUAGCCUCCUACAACUUACUAACUGACUAUGGACCUAGUAUAUCUUUAUAUGAUAAUUAAAUGAAUUGAUACUCUGCACAGAUUGAUUGUAAGGAGAUUUAGUAGCCAAAGUGCUAAUUUGCGCACCUAUGUAUUGUAAUCGUUUUGUAUUUUAUUCUAUAGUAUUUAGAUAAAUUAAAGAUUCUGCUAAAAAAUCUUCAAGUUCACCAGCAAUUCACUAAUUCCUAAUGGGGAUAUCUUUUAACUCUGCCUUAUUUAUUAGUUAGUCAAUAUUUUGUUUCAAUUGUGCAUAUUAGGUUAAUCAAUUGUACCAAAAUUGCACAUUGUAACAGGUAAAAUUAUGACACAAUUAAAAAAGUAUUUAGGACUAUGGUCAUUUUUCAAAUGGAGAUAUUUACACACUUAUGCCAAUAAAUUGUAUUGUUAAAAUAUAAAAUACAUUCAAGUGCCUCACAUUCUAAAUGUUAUGUUUGAAUAUUAGGAUUAAAAUUUUAGUUUAGUUUUUGUUAGUUUGACCAUUAAAGGAAAUAAAUAGUUGCACCAUGACUGAGCGGCCGGGUGCUAGCAGUUACAUGAUUAUUUUAUUUAGUUUUAGAACUAUUUUUAAACAUUAUUUUUGUGCUUCAGUAGUAUCACAAAAUUUAUGCCCCCCAGUGUGCAACGGAUGAUUCAAUAUUUUCUACUCUCACUUUAUUCAAAUAUUUUUAAAAUGUAUUUAUUAUUCAUUUAGUUGAUAAGUUAUUGUAAAUCCAAUACAAGUUUUCAGAUAUAUUCUUGUAACUUCCAACCUUUUUUCUGAAAAUAAACUAGACAGUAUUAUGAUGCUUUUGAAGCACUACA